UUGGCCGGAGAGCCUCCAAAGGCUCUUAGGAUUGGCUGGAGCUCUGGGCAUCGCGGCCAGUUGGCGGAGCCCUGGCACUCAAAAGCUGAAUUUGGACAGGAGCUGCGCGGGAGCAUCGCUGCGGUUGGAGCCUGCUGAGGUGGCGAGGCCCAGAGCCGCGGUCUGAGAGCACUGGGUGCUGCGCAGACACCUGGAAACCAUGGCUGAAGAUGCGAGCAGGGCCUUGGGGAAAGGAAGUCACCCCCCAGGGCCGGUCCCAGAGGGCCUGAUCCGAAUCUACAGCAUGAGGUUCUGUCCUUAUGCACACAGGACGCGGUUGGUCCUCCAGGCCAAAGGCAUCAGCCAUGAAGUUAUCAACAUUAAUCUGAGAAACAAACCUGACUGGUACUAUACAAAGCACCCUUUUGGCCAAAUUCCAGUCCUGGAAAACAGCAAGUGUCAGCUGAUCUACGAAUCUGUGAUCGCUUGUGAGUACCUGGAUGAUGCUUAUCCCGGAAAGAAGCUAUAUCCAUUCGACCCUUAUGAGCGAGCUCGCCAGAAGAUGUUAUUGGAGCUCUUCUAUAAGAUCCCGCAUCUGACCAAGGAGUGUCUGGUAGCACUGAGGUGCGGGAAGGAAUGCAGCAAUUUGAAGCUAGCCCUCCGAGAAGAAUUCUGCAACCUUGAAGAGAUUCUUAGCUAUCAGAACACUGUCUUCUUUGGUGGAUCCUGUAUUUCCAUGAUCGAUUACCUCUUUUGGCCCUGGUUUGAGCGACUGGAUGUAUAUGGAAUAGCUGACUGCGUGAACCACACCCCGGCGCUUCGGCUCUGGAUAGCGGCUAUGAAGCGGGACCCCGCAGUGUGCGCCCUUCUCAUAGACAAGAGUAUUUUCCUGGGCUUCUUGAAUCUCUAUUUUCAGAACCACCCCGAAGCCUUUGACUAUGGGCUCAGUUGCUGAGCCUGACCACCCAGAACUCUCAGCCAUGCCGUGAUUCUGUAUCAGGAAGUGUUUGGGCGGAUCAAUUAGUUUUUUUUUUUUCAUUUUCCUUGAAGUUCGCAAUAAACAAGGAG